CACCCAACCCACUCCCCCACGCUAUCCCGCACCAUGAUCCUCUCCCGCCUCACAGACCCGCACUGGUCCUUCCUCUUCAUCGACCCGAACCCUGAAACCAUAAUCUCCGCCACGGAAAGACGUCUCCCGCAUACCAUUUCCACAGCGAGAGAUGCAAGAAGACAUGAGGUUGCUGUCCUCGAUCAUGACCCCACCAAAUCGGAAACAGAAACGGAAAACGGGAAUGGUAAGGAAGAAAAAGAAGAGAAAGUAAUAGGCUACGCACGGUGGACACUCCCCCCCUCCCUCGCCAAACGCGGGGACGUAUGGCUUUCUGCGCAGGUUGUUGAGCCUACGGAUAUCCAGACAGCAUUAUACAAGGAAGCCUAUGACGCCGCUAGCGAUGCCAAGGGUCGAGUCCCGGGGAUGAAAGAUACCGGACUUCUCGAAUAUCGCAGUUCACCACUCGAAGUCGCCGAGGAGAAGCUUCUAGCGCCUGGGGGUGUCGUUAAUGGGGAGGAAGUCCUGACAUUGGAAUACCUAACCACCCACCCUGAUUUCUGGCACAAGGGUAUUGGCAACGCGCUAGUGAAAAGCGGCACGGACGUUGCGGAUAAAUACGGACUCAAGACCUAUGUGAUGUCGGAGCCGGCGGGGUUGAAGGUGUAUUUGAAGAAUGGGUUUAGGGUUGUGGAUGAGGUGGGGGUGGAUUAUGGGGCGUUUGGGGGGGUCGAUGUGACGAGGCAUUAUUUUUUGGUUAGGGAGCCGGCGGUUUAGGAUUUUGGAGGGGAGAAGGGGGUUGAUGGGUUGGGAUUGGAUGGGUAUAUAAUGGUUUUUGUUUAUUUGAAAAGGGGUAUGUCUAUUAUGAUAUCUGGUAGAGAAACAGUGGGAGGAGGGGGGUAUGCUUUUAUGAGAGUGAUGUGAUGUAUGUUGCUAUGGCGGUGUUCCUUGUGGGGAUCUUAGUUAGUUGUUUUCUUCAUAUUGUUCUUCUUUUUUUAUUGUAUGUAUAUAAUAAUCUAUGUGCCUGUGGUUGACGUG